AUGGACGUCAACAGCCGUCUCCUCUUCUACGCUUCUCUCGCAGCAUCUAUACCACUUCUAGCCUGGAAUCUCACCAAAUCAAACAGAAAGAUACCACUUCCACCGGGUCCCCCAGCAGACCCUAUAAUUGGCCACCUACUUCGGUUUCCCUCAGAAAAUCCAGAACUUGUAUUCCAUGAAUGGUCGAAGCAGUACGGUGAUGUGAUCCACCUCUCCGUGCUUGGGCGGUCUAUCAUCGUUCUAGAUAGCCACCAAGUGGCUAUAGAUCUUCUGGAAAAGCGGAGCGCACUCUACAGCGAUAGGCCCAGGUUCCUCGUCUUCGACUUGAUGGGAUGGGACCCCGAUGUUGUUUUCAUGUCGUACGGUCAGCGCUUCAGGAAGCACCGCAAGCUCUUCCACGCGUACUUUAUGCAGAAGUCGUGUCUCCAGUUCCAGCCCGUGCAGUUACACAACGCCCACCUCCUUGUCCAUGGGCUCAUGAGGAACGAAGGAAACCACAAUCAGCUAUUAGCUAGAUUCACCACCGCCGUCGCCAUCAGGAUCGCGUACGGUCAUCAAAUAGUCUCGGACGACGACGAGUACAUUGACAUUCUCGACACGAUGGGUACCGCUGUCCGUGCGGGGGGCUUACCGGGAGCAACAGCCAUAGACGCGUUCCCUAUCUUGGACUCGGAAUCGGACUCGCAGAGAGGUAACUGUGUUAUUAUGAUCGUAGUACCGUAG